AUGGAUAAAUUUGCUCUAGUACUAUUUUGCUUACUGCUGCAGCAAGGGCAACCCCGUACUCUACCCGAGGAGGACUCUUCAGUUGUGAGUAUAUACACCAAGGAAGCGACACCCCCCGGUCUCGAUGUGUACCAUCAGAUCGCGAAUAACAUUGCAGAGAGAAUCACCUCGCCGAUUUAUAGAUUCCUCGGGUACAACCGCACAUCGCCGGCCCCAGCCACGACGACGAAGAAACCAUGGGAUAAUAUAGAAUUAUUGGAAACGCCGAACGCAAAAUCCGUUGAGCCAGUCAACAACGAUAUAAGCGGUAAGGACGUCGAAGAAUUAUCUGAAGAAGCUCGCAAGAAGGAAGACAAAAAACCAGAGAAAAUCACCCUCUAUUCUAAUUACUUACCGCUCGGUAAAUUGGAAGUCGGCAAUGAUACCCAAGAUGAUUUUGAUGAUUUCUUUGAUGAUGUAGAAAGCGAUGAUGAUUUGAAACCCAGACAAGGGCCGUUUACGUUCAUUCUAGAGUUACUGUCGAGUCUAAUACAGUUGGUUUAUGGCGGAAUAGUUUCGUUGAUACAAAGAAAGCCAGUGCAAAGCUAA